UCGCAGUUUACCUCUCGCGGAGGGCAGUCUGCGUUCGUUUUGUUUACAUUAUUUGCGGUGUGUUUUUGAGGUGCAGCAGACACCAUCAGUGUGAAAAGAAAACAGGGGAAAAUAGGUUUUGCAAAUUGGAAUUUCGGAAAGCAGUUUUUCACCAGAGGAAAGUCGUGUCAUUGUUGUUUUGUCACUCGCUCAAAGUUUCCAAAACUAGUAAGUUCAGUGAUUUUUGCUACGUGGAUAGUUUGCUGUCGCAGCCGAAAACGGACUCUGCGAAUUUUCCUUUCUUCUGGAUGCGGUUUCAUUGUUCCCCCUAAUAAAAAAUACUGUCUGGGGAAAUAUUGCAGAAAAGGUACAUCAUCGACUGUGUUUAUGUGAUUAUACGACCAGAAUCGAAUUUUACGCUGAUAAAGGUGCGAAAGUAAAGCAGUGCCGUUUGUUCUGCGCCAUUCACAGCGAAGUUGAGCGCAGUUUUGUGCAAAAAGACGACGUCGUCAACGGUACGGCGAAGAAUAUGUAAAUUUAAUCAAUUUGCACAGUGCCACAACAAGUGCAUGUACCUUCGAAAGUGCAGCUGGAAAAGUUCGUUUUUAUUGAUCCGAAGCUAGUAAGCCGGAUUUCUACUGCGGCAGCUCUGAAUGAAAUCGUAGCUCGACGCUGCCACAGUGCUGGUGUUUGGCGUUUUGGUCCCGUGGAUUUCCAGCUGAGCCGAACCGCUGUUUUCUUUAUCAACGACGACAGAAACAAUCUUCCCGACCAGAUACCAUAUAAUCAGGGGCUCCCAAUCAAUUAGCUCGGUUCCAGACAGCGGUGACGUUGUGGUCGUAAUCAUUCGCAUAUCGCCCGGUUGAGAGUGAGGACUACCCGCAAAGCACCGCAACAAAAGUGCAGGACGAACAGUGCAUCACCAGCGGUAUACUGACUGGCCUGAUGGAAGCAUGGACAACGAGCAGCCCCACCAGGAGUUGGUAAAAUGUGUCCUCGUAGGCGAUACCGCCGUUGGCAAAACACGUCUGAUAUGUGCACGGGCCUGCAACAAACAUGUUUCACUUUCGCAGUUACUUAACACGCAUGUGCCAACCGUGUGGGCCAUUGACCAAUAUCGGAUAUACAAGGAUGUACUGGAACGCUCGUGGGAAAUCGUAGACAGUGUCAACGUCUCACUGCGACUCUGGGAUACCUUCGGUGACCACGACAAGGACCGGCGCUUUGCGUACGGACGAUCUGACGUUGUGCUGCUAUGCUUUUCGAUAGCGAAUCCGGUGUCACUGCGCAAUUGCCGCGCCAUGUGGUACCCGGAGAUACGAAAAUUCUGUCCAGAUACUCCUGUGAUUCUAGUCGGCUGUAAGAACGACCUUCGGUAUAUGUAUCGAGAUGAGACCUAUCUGUCCUACUUCGGCGAUCGGAGUCCCUUCGUGCGGGCCGCCCGAAAGAGCGACCUGGUGAUGCCGGACGAAGCACGUGCGGUGGCCAAAGAGCUCGGUGUCGCCUACUAUGAAACGAGCGUGUUUACGUACUUUGGCGUGAACGAGGUGUUCGAGAAUGCAAUCCGUGCCGCACUGAUAGCCCGUCGUGAACACCGGUUUUGGAUGACCAAUCUGAAGCGGGUGCAGCGGCCGCUUUUGCAAGCACCAUUCCGACCGCCCAAACCUCCACCACCGGAAGUAACAGUCAUUACCGGCACACAUACUAAAGAUAUGCUAAACAUGUUCAAUUCGCAGUGCUAUACAGAUUUAGUAUUAAUUGUCGGUACUAUACGUUUUUCCGUACAUAGAUUUAUGUUAGCUAGUAGUUCUAAUGCAUUUCAUAGGUUACUGACGAUGGACAUCUCCGAUAUGGGUGCCCGCAGUAGCAGCGAGUCCAGUAUGGUUAGUUCAACGUUUGGCGAAUCGACGACAGCGGACUUCAAUGAAGAUACCGAGUGUCUCAUUCGAGCCGAACAGAACAAAGCUCCCAAUAGAAUGUGGGAACAACUGAAGCGGCGCUCUAGUUAUCAGGCCCUGCCUACAGUGGAGCCGAAGAAGGAUCUCUAUCGUGAGUUGCAUCAUCCAGUGUUUCAGAGUAUUAGGAUUUUCCAGAUCGAAAAUGGAAAGCACACUUACACGCAAACACAGACCAUAGUCUCAGUGAGUAAGCUUAUCACCCCGCAGGCCAUGCAGCAAUGCUUGAAGUUCAUCUACACGGGAGCAAUCGAUCGCGAAUGUCUCGAUUUGCAAACGGCUACAAUAGGAUUAAUACUGGAAAUACGCCAAGCUGCAGAAUUUUUAGAACUUCCUCAAUUGAUGGUUCUUUUAUCUAACACGCAAGCAAACCAGAGCUUCAUGAAUGAUGAAACCAUUCAGCAUUAUUCUACGUGCAUGAAACAGAACCUAGAGAAAUACUGUGUUCAGGAUGGCAUCUUUGGCGACAUUACGUUCGAGUUGGACGACGGUCACAUGAAAGCCCACCGUGCCAUGUUGGUGGCGCGGUGUGACGUGAUGAAAGCCAUGCUCAACGGGGACUUCCGAGAGGCACAUGCUAAUUUGAUUGUACUUCCAGGUGUAACUGAAUACACAUUCCACAAGCUGCUGUGCUAUCUCUACACUGACGAAAUUCCGCCCAUUUCGGCUGACAAGUGUUUGAAUCUACUGGAAUUGGCAAACCGGCUUUGUUUGCCACGGCUACUAAACCUGGUAGAGUGCCGGGUGAUUGAGGAUCUCACGAGGAUGUCACAGAACGAAACCAGUGAGGCAGUCGAACACUGCUUGAGAUUAUUGGAGUCUGUCAAGCUCCACAAUGCUCACCAACUAGCGGAAUGGUGCAUGUCGUAUCUGUGUGUGAACUACAACAGCAUCUGCAAGCUUUCGCCGCGAAGUUUGAAGAGUCUGCAUCCGGAUAAUCAGGACUAUUUGCGAGAGCACCGAUGGCCACCGGUGUGGUAUCUGAAGGACUACGACUACUACCAACGAUGUAUGAACGAGCUCAACCGGGAGCUCAACAAUGGGAAGAAAGACUGCACGGCAGACGACAAGGGUUGUCUCUGCUUUUCCGGAGUAUUUUUCUGGCUACUAGGGAAAUCAAAACGAUCGGCCGCGGCAGCCAAAUCGACCCUGCAGACGGCAAUCACCGCUAGCUCGGAGCACCAAUCGGACAUGGUUAGCACCAGUCUGUUCCAGUCAAAUGCCAACUCGGUGAACCAGUUCGAUCCGGAACACGACGGCGCGGAUCUCUGACAUUUGGCUGACGGAUCGUGGAGGUCGCUUCGCUUCAUUGUGAUUCUGCCAGUGCUGAUUUGCUUCAUCUGCACCAUCCUGAGCAUUCUGAUCAUAUUCCAGAUCUACACCUAAUAUUUGCUGCAGCGGUAGUCACCGCUGGAUGAUGGUUAUUGACGUCAAUCGGAAGCGGGAAACGGGUGAGGACGAAUCUCGUCGCCCGGUUUCUCUAGGCUUGCAACUCGCAAGCGUCUUCCGUCAAUCAAUAGCACAUCGUUCGAGCGGAGACUACUCGUUGAUUCGAAAUUUGGAACCACACCAAAACCAACUUGCAAACCUGCACUCAAUACCAGCCAGAAUACUACUGAUGAUAGCAGAUCUUCGAUUAGCUCGUAAGUAGCAUGCACGUGAAGCAGACAUUUGUCCGGCUUUUUGUUUAGGGAAGCUGAAAAAUUUCCAAACUAAAUAUAAGUGGAGCGCUGUUCUUUUACGGUGUUAGCGAAGGCGCAAUGGACAAAACGCAAAAUUUGUCUCCAGGGUCUCUACUUUUAACAAUGAUAUAGUAAUACAGAUGAAAGUAAAGGUCACAUUCACUCACAAUACACUAAUAUGUACGUCUAGAAUUUGAGAAAGCAAACCUAAAAUUGUAGGUUAUAUAAUUAGCUGUAAUAUUUCGAUAAGGAACCCUAGAACAAGAAACAAAAACAUGCUAGCCCAUUGUGAAGAAAAGUAUUUUACUCUCAGAUUUUAGAAUGUUUCAUUAUUUUUCUCAAGCUUUUUGAGCGGACGGAGUGAUAAAAUCACAGGAAAUGAUAGAAGAAAACAUCAAUGGUGCUGGAAGUUUUUAACACUUUCGUGAAAUAUGAGAUUAUAUUAUGCAACCAUUCUUAUUUUGCUUUUGAUUUGGGUUUGCAACAGAAACCUGUCAAUGUUAAGUCUGUUAGCAUUUAACCGAGAGCCGGCGUUUAAGUUUCGCUCUUAAUUUAUUACUGAACUAUAAUAGGUUUAAAUUUAGUACCAUUAUAAAUAGUCAUCAUUUAAUUUGUUAACUGCUAUUUUGCAUACGUAAAUCGUUAUAUUUAACGUAACAUUGCAACUGACAGAAAAUAUAUUAUUUUCUUAUAUUUGAAACUGCUCGUUCCAUAUUUUGUAAGGCUUGUACGCGAGAGGUUGGAUAUGAACUGAAUUAUAGACAAAAAAAAACACAGGAAAAGCAUUGCUUUUAAUGAACCUAAAGAAAACUUAAUUAUUUUCCUCAAUUAUCCGAGCAUUACAAACUAAUUGAAGCUUACUCUCAAACACUAACCAUCCUAUUGCUGAUAGAUUUUAGUGGGCGGUACGCAAAACUCCUCUGGUUUUAAAUAUUUUCCUCUUGCAUAACAUAUUGUGUCGACGUUUGAUCAAUUCCGAAUGAAUACAACUUUUUCAGUCGAAUAAAAAAAAAACAAGAAAACAAACUCAAGCCUAACAAGACCUUAAAAGAUAACGAAACUAUCACUGCGCUAUUUUCAAGAUUUAUUCUAGUGGUAAUCGUAUAGAAGUUAUGUAGUAGAGCAACCGCGUCAGGCAGCCGAUGAAGCUGAUGAAUGGUAUCAAAACAACUAAAAUGUAUGGAUUACAACAACAGAUGAAGUAGAAGUCAUAAAUCGUAAAUAGCUUAGCUACUCUUUUUACGCCAGAAAUUAAGAUUAUGAAAACAAGAACAAAUUGUGGCAUUUGGACACAUUGAAAA